GUGAUGUAGUGUUUGAUGAAGUAAGCACCUAGUCUUGGAUAGAAAAAUUUGGUCAACAGAUUCUUACAGAUUUUGAAAAUGGUGAAAAUCUGACUGUGCAAAAUUCAAGAGGUUAAAUGCAACAAAAUGGAGGUCUAACUUUCGCAAACCUCGAGGCUUCCAAAAAGGCAAAGGAGGAAAGUCUACCUGUUGCAGCAGAACACAGUACUGGAGGAAGUCUACCAACAACACCGGAACUAGAAUUUAGAACUAGUUCAAGAUCUCAAUGCAAAAAAAGAAGACCAGCAUGGUUGGAGGAUUAUGAGGCCAUGGCAGAUGAAAUUGGUUCUAUUAAAAGGAACCAGGCUUGGGAGUUGAUAGAUCUUCUAGAAGGGCACAAGACAAUUGGUGUUAAGUGGAUUUACAAGACAAAACUCAGAGAAAAUGGGGAGAUUGACAAAUUCAAAGCUCGCUUGGUGGCAAAGGAUUACAAGCAAGAGUUCGGCAUUGAUUAACAAGAAGUUUUUGCUCCAGUUGCAAGUAUGGAUACCAUCAUAUUGGUGAUUGCAUUAGGAGCACAGAACUCAUGGCCGAUCUACCAGCUUGAUGUGAAAUCGACCUUCUUGCAUGGAGAUCUACAAAAACAAGUAUUUGUUGAUCAACCUCCUAGUUAUGUGAAACCUGGUUUUGAGCAUAAAGUUUAUAGAUUGAA